GUGGAAUUGGGAGUAUGAAUAUCGAAGUGAAAUCUGGAUCACCUGGAAAUAUUCCCUGUCUAUAUGAUAAAAAACAUAACGAAAACCGUAAAUACUGGUGUCAGGGGACAUAUUGGAUUUCGUGUGAAAUAUUGGCAUAUACAAAUGAGACAGGAGAAUAUUCCCUCACUGAUUAUCCAGCCCAGAGUAUUUUUACAGUGCAGUGGAAGAAUCUGCAGACCUCAGACUCUGGAUAUUACUGGUGUGCUGUUGAGAUCGGUGGCUCUCCAGACGCCGGUUAUUAUUUGUAUCUGAAGGUGCAGUCAGCUCCUGAUGUGUCUGUGGUGAGCAGCAGUGUCUCUGGACAUGAAGGUGGUGAUAUCAGUGUUCAGUGUCUCUACAGUUCUGGAUAUCAGAAUAAAGUCAAAAAUUGGUGCAGAUAUAAAGAUCAGAGAUGUUACACAGUUGGGAGGACUGACACAUCCCAGAAUCCAUCAGUGCAGAUCAGAGAUGAUGAGAGAAGCUCCUUCACUGUGCUGAUGACUGGACUGAGACGGACUGAUUCUGGCUGGUACUUCUGCUCUGUAGGAGAUCCGAAGGUUCCUGUUCAACUCACAGUCACUGAACCCAAAAGAGUCUUCUGCCGCGGUGGAUGAUAAUUCAGUGAUUUACAGUUCUGUGAUUACCUUUCAUAAAGCACCUUCAUCAUCAGUGAAUCCAGAAGCUGAUGUGAUCUACAGCUCUGUGAAACGAACACCCAAGGCUGUGUGUUAAUAACAAGGUGUUACUUCUGCUUCUUCUGAAAGAAGUUGAGAAAGUGGAAGUCAGUAAUUGUAAAUUUAACAACAGAUCUAUUUUACAGUUUCACUAUAAACAGUGUGAAGGUUCAGUGCUUAACCAAUGCAGCUGAAAUGUGUGUCAGUGUUUUAAAUGUAUGAUGGUUGGCAAUUCUGUGAAAACAAAAUGAAUAAUUCAAACUCUAAAGUAUAUAGUUAUGAAGCACAUUUCUGAAGUAUUCCAGAAUGAAUUGAUGACCGAUCAACCCUUUAAAAAGAUUCACAAUAUUCUUCAAUCUUUCUUAUGCUUUCUUUGAAGUCCAGAUUAGACCUACAUAAGGUGUAGGGUUAAAUACAGUAAAUGCAGUU